AUCAUGUGGUGGUUUGGAGCUGCAAAUGUUCCCUAAAACAUUCCCGAGCAUUGUGUUCAUCACGGCCUUGUUGGAAGGAGAGAGUGGUGAUGAGUAGGAAAACACCAGUAAGUGCAGAUGUGGGAACUCUGCAGGGUACUGGGGGGUGAGAGGCAGCGGGUUGGGAGGGAGCUGAGCUAACCCCAGCCUGCCUUCUGGCUGGGCCAAUGGGCCAUGGUAAUUAGAUCUGGCCAAUGUGGGCCCUGGGCUCUGGCCUGGGGGCAUAUAAGGGGGGCCCGGGGCAACAGACCCCUCAUAUCACUCAGAGGUCUCCUCUCUCUCACCCCACUCCUCUACCCAUCUCUCCAUCCAUUCAGACUCCAUUCUACAGCAACUAUGGACGUCUUCUCGCCAUCUCAGAUCUACUACGACAGAGCGUGCCCUUCGUCUCCGGACAGCCUGGAGUUCGGCCCCGAUCCGGAGCUCGACGGCUCCGACGAUGAGGACGAGCACGUGAGGAUCCCGGGGGCCCCCCAUCAGCCGGGUCACUGCCUCCAGUGGGCCUGCAAGGCGUGCAAGCGCAAGUCCAACUUCGUGGACCGCAGGCGGGCCGCCACCAUGCGCGAGCGCCGGCGGCUCAAGAAGGUCAACCACGCUUUCGAGGCUUUGCGGCGCUGCACGUCGGCCAACCCCAGCCAGCGUCUCCCCAAGGUGGAGAUCCUGCGCAACGCCAUCCAGUACAUCGAGAGUCUGCAGGAUCUGCUGCGAGAGCAGGUGGAGAACUACUACGGCCUGCCUGGAGGCAGCAGCUCCGAGCCCGGGAGCCCUCUGUCCAGCUGCUCUGACGGCAUGGCUGACAGCAGCAGUCCACUGUGGCAACAUGUGAAUGCAAACUACAGCAGCAGCUAUUCAUAUGCGAGGAACGAGAGUUCAUGCGAUAAGGCGGUCGGAGCCUCCAGUCUGGAGUGUCUCUCCAGCAUCGUGGACCGUCUGUCCUCGGUGGAGUCCAGCUGUGGACCGCCGGCUCAGAGAGACGCCGCCACCUUCUCGUCCGGCAGCUCCGACUCGCAGCCGUGCACGCCGGAGAGCCCCGGGUCCAGACCCGUCUACCACGUCCUGUGAAGGAAGGCUUUGCUUUGCUGCUUUUUACCAAAACACCAGCUUGCAUUUGCAACAAGAACUAGUUUUAGUGCAAAUCUGAAGGAGGACCUGCAGCUUUUAUACUGUACAUGAGAUUGUAAAUAAUGUAAAUACUCAUUUAUUCUAUACAUGCUAUUAUACCCAAUGAGACAUAUUUAAUUAUGAUAAUGUUGCAUUAUUCCAACAUGCUAUUUAAGCAGUUUUUUUUACUUUCCAUGUUGUCAUGAACAUUAAAUCUUUCACUGUUUUGUA